CUAGAUUCCGAGUCACGUGACUGACCACCAUGGCGGCGCCCUGGAGCCCAGCGCCUCAGUGUUGAUGUGUUCAGAUUUAUUACCGUAAAGAAACUCGCGUGCGUGUUUUAUUAUAAUAUUUUAUUUUAAUUGUUUUUGUUUGAUUUGAAGUGAAACAUGAGUCGGUUCCUGACACUCAGCUGUUCGCUGUCUCGCGCUGCUCGGAGGAGUGUGUGGUCCAGUCACAGCACAGAGAGGAGAGUCGGAGUGGAGUUAGAGGGAAGAAAACUCGAGAUAUCGACGGGGAAGCUUGCGAGAUUUGCGGAUGGAUGUUCUGUGGUACAGCUGGGAGAGACGUCAGUGAUGGUCACCGCCGUCAGCAAGACCAAACCCUCUCCAUCACAGUUCAUGCCCCUGGUGGUGGAUUACAGACAGAAAGCAGCAGCCGCUGGACGAAUCCCCACCAACUACCUGCGGAGAGAAAUGGGCAGCAGCGACUCGGAGAUCCUCACCAGCAGACUGAUAGACCGUUCCAUCAGGCCGCUGUUUCCUGCUGGAUAUUUCUACGACACACAGGUUCUGUGCAACAUUUUAGCUGUCGACGGCGUAAACGUUCCUGAUGUCCUCGCCAUCAAUGGAGCAUCUGCUGCUCUUGCCGUCUCCGAUAUUCCCUGGAACGGACCUGUUGGUGCUGUGCGUAUCGGCCUGAUCGACGGAGAGUUUGUCGUGAACCCGACCCGGAAGGAGAUGAGCUCCAGCACGCUGAACCUGGUGGUUGCAGGAGCUCCUUCCAGCCAAGUGGUGAUGAUGGAAGCCGCUGCUGAGAACGUCCUCCAGCAGGACUUCUGUCACGCCAUUAAACUGGGAGUGAAACACACGCAGCAGAUCAUCCACGCCAUCCAGCAGCUGGUCCGAGAGCACAAGGUGGUGAAGCGCACGCCCCAGAAACUCUUCACCGCGCCGCCCGAGAUGGUGGAGUACACGCGCCAGCUGGCUGGUGAGAAGAUCUACGCUGUCUUUACAGACUUUUCACAUGAUAAGAUCUCCAGAGAUGAAGCUGUGAACAAAAUCCGACUCGACACAGAGGAGCAAGUUAAAGAGAAAUUUCCUCAAGCCGAACCGUUCGAAGUGAUCGAGUCCUUCAACGUGGUUUCGAAAGACAUUUUCCGUAAUCUGGUGCUGACUGAGUACAGAAGGUGUGACGGACGAGACUUAACGUCACUAAGAGACAUUUCGUGUGAAGUAGACGUCUUUAAACCUCUGCACGGCUCUGCGCUCUUCCAGAGAGGACAAACACAGGUGCUUUGCACUGUAACUUUCGACUCUAUAGAAUCCAGUGUGAAAACGGACGUCAUUACCACGGCUCUGAGUGAGAUCAAAGACAAGAAUUUCAUGCUCCACUAUGAGUUUCCUCCCUAUGCGACGAAUGAAAUCGGGAAAUUGGGAGGACUGAACAGACGAGAGCUCGGUCAUGGUGCUCUGGCUGAAAAAGCCCUGAGACCCGUCAUUCCAAAAGACUUCCCCUUUACAAUCCGAGUGACCUCCGAGGUGCUGGAGUCCAACGGCUCGUCAUCCAUGGCAUCGGCGUGUGGAGGCAGUCUGGCUUUAAUGGACGCCGGUGUGCCGAUAUCCUCAGCGGUGGCCGGAGUGGCUGUGGGUCUCAUUUCCAAACCAAACCCUGAGAAACUCUCCGAAAUCCACGACUACAGAUUACUAACCGAUAUUUUAGGGAUUGAGGACUAUAAUGGAGAUAUGGACUUUAAAAUGGCCGGAACAAGCAAAGGCAUCACUGCGUUACAGGCUGAUAUUAAGAUCUCAGGACUUCCUCUGAAAAUUGUAAUGGAGGCCAUCCAGCAGGCGACAGUGGCUAAGAGAGAGAUUUUAGGCAUCAUGAAUAAAACCAUUUCGAAGCCCAGAGGCUCGAGGAAGGAGAACGGCCCUGUUGUUGAAAACGUUCGUGUGCCGAUUUCCAGAAGAGCUCGAUUUGUUGGUCCUGGAGGAUACAACCUCCGCCGACUACAGGCGCAGACAGGCGUGACUAUAAGCCAGGUGGACGAGGAGACGUUCUCGGUGUUCGCUCCGACUCCACACGCCAUGCACGAAGCUCAGGAGUUCAUCACCGACAUCUGCAAAGACGACCAAGAACAGCAGCUGGAAUUCGGGGCCGUGUACACAGCAACCAUCACAGAAGUCAGAGACAGUGGUGUAAUGGUGAAGCUUUAUCCCAACAUGAGUGCUGUGCUACUACACAACUCGCAGCUCGAUCAUAAACGGAUCAAACAUCCCAGUGCUCUCGGACUGGAGGUCGGCCAGCAGAUCCAGGUGAAAUAUUUCGGACGCGACCCCACGGAUGGCAGGAUGAGGCUGUCGCGUAAAGUGCUCCAGUCUCCCGCAGCCACGGUGGUGAAGACGCUGAGCGAGAGGCAGAGCAUCACGAUGGGAACAGCAGACGGAUAGACGACAUUUUCCUCCUGACCUCUCUUCGUUAAUGUGCUUUGGACUGAGAUUAUUUACGUAUCAGCCUCUCGAGUCGAUCUGGAUUCAUGAAGAAAGGAGUUUCACUGCGUCACCUUUUAGCGUUUAACAGAUUCUGAGUGUGAGCUGAUGAUUUUACGCCAGAUGAUGUGUUAUGGAUAUUCACAUAAUCCAGGGUUUAGGCUAGGAAGCAGGAGCGGGGAAACUGAUGCUUUGCUGCAGGUGAUUUGUUGAGAUGCGCACUGUUUUUAACAAAAAAAAAAAUUAUAAAAACAGUGUUAAUGAAGUGAAAUGGUAUGUUACGGACUUCUGGUUAUAACCAAAUAACAUGAGCUGAGGAAAAGGACAGAGUGGUUUGUAUGUAUAAUUACAAUGAUUGUGUUUAGUGUUUUCUGCUUCACAACCAGUCUGAGUUACAGGAUUAUUAGGCUUGUUAUUACAAUUCAAUUCAAUUUCAGAAAUUUUGGCACCCAUCAAGAGAGUAGGAUUUAAAAAAAAAAAGGAUAUUUAAAAUUAAACACAUUUUCCACAAACAAUUGGAGAAACUAUUUUCCUAUCCAGUAAAUAGUUUACAUUCCAGAUACAUAAGAACUGCUUUUCAGAAGAUUUAAUUUCUCUCAAAAAAUUGUGUGGCAAAAAUAUUGGCACCCCUGUAUGUAUAUAAUACAUGUGUAAUAACUGUUUAUUGCUCUCAGUCACCAGAAAAUGUUGUUGUCUUUGAUAGAAUAUGAUGUUUCACACUCAUACCAUCUUGUCAUCUUCUAGUACCAUGAGAAAAACAAGAGAUGGAUGGUUGUUGACUUGCACAAGUAAGAUAAUGUAUAUUAAUAUAUAUUUAAAGGGGUUAAAAUGAUGAUAUUAGGUAGAAAUGGUUGGAAGUUUUACAGGAAGGUGUGGUGUUUUAACACUGUGGUCUCAUUGCUCGGUUGAGAAACAGUCCCAAACUGAACAUUUCCAGCAAACAGCAAGUGUUGUGGUGACCCACAAGUCAGAAGUGUGUAAUAAAAUGUUUAACACAGGGUUUAAAACCUCAACAACACUUCAGCACCUGAUACAAUCUUCUCAGCAACACAGCGUUCAGGGGGUUUUAGUGUGUAACUUCAACUUGUGUCAAAAUAAACAACAUUUUUUGGAAA